CUUAAAAGCCAUGGAUAGAUUUGAGUAUAUAGAAGCGCGCCUAUUUGAAGGUGAAAACUAUCUUAAACGUGAUAAAAAUGUUAAAAUCUAUGAUGGAGAUGAUAAGACACAAUUCGUUGAUGGUGAAGUAGUGCUUACGACACACAGAAUUCUUUGGGGCAAGCCAGGUGACAUACCUAAAGGAUUAGUGUGUUUGUCUUUACAUUUAUAUUACAUAUUUUGUAUGGAAGAAGAAAGUGGUGGAAUGUUUGGUCUUGGUGGUCCAAAACGAAUUAUAUUACAUCUAGGACCUACAAUCCCAGGUAAGAGGCCGGGCCCAGCAGUAGUGAGCCCAUACCAUUUUAUAAAAUUUUCAUUUAAGGAUGGUAUUGAUAAUGCCUUCUAUAAGGCUCUAAGUGAAGCAGUAGCUGCUAAAGCUUGGGAGAGAACCCAGCAAGUAUCUACUUCGAGUAACUUGCCUGCAUCAAAUUCAACCCCAAAGCCUUCUGUAACACCAAUUAAUUCUAAAAUCCGCUCUGGCAUUGUUGGUAUAGAAAGAAGUAUAGAAGAACAACACAGGGCUACUGAUCAGAGUAUUAGUGUGGCAUUUCAGGAUUUGAAAAAAUUAAUGGAAAAAGCUAAGGAAAUGGUUACUGUAUCUAAGACAAUUUCAUCAAAAAUAAGGGAGAAACAAGGAGAUAUCUCGGAAGAUGAUACUGUUAGGUUUAAGUCUUACCUUAUGAGCUUGGGUAUUGAUGAUCCUGUAACGCGAGAUACAUUCAGGUCAGAUUCAGAAUAUUAUAUGGGCCUAGCGCAACAGAUAUCUGAUAUGAUGGUGGCAGUUUUAAUCGACUGUGGUGGUAUAAUGUCUUUAGCAGAUGUAUGGUGCAGAGUAAAUAGAGCAAGAGGCUUGGAACUUAUAUCACCUGAAGAUUUACUGAAUGCUUGCAAGUUGUUACAAAAUGUUGACUCGCCCAUGUCAUUACGUAAAUUUCCCAGUGGUGCUUGUGUACUACAGCUUAAUAGUAACAGAGAUGAAGAAAUAGCAAAAGCUACUAGUCAAUUGCUUGAAGAGAAUGGGUUCCUUACUCCAGUGAAGCUGUCUCAAAUUGCAAAUGUUUCCGUCCUUCUCGCACGCGAGCGCCUCUUUACGACUGAAAGUCUAGGCUUGGCAUGUCGGGAUGAAUCAAUUGAAGGUUUAGCUUUUUACCCUAACAUGUUUCUUACAAAAGCAUAAUUAAAUAUAUAUAUUUUAUCUAAA